AGUCUGCUUGCCUAGUAACCAGAGCCCAGAGCCCAGCGCACAGCGUGACACUCCGCAGUCCGCAUCGCCUCAGCUCGCUGACUACAGACCCGGGAACCCCGACCGCAGCCAUGAGGAAAAAGUGUAUCUGUGAGAUCUGCACCUGCGGGCGCCACCGAUGCCCACAUAUUCCUACAAAGAUUUUUGACAAAUCUGGACAACCUUGUGUACUGACUGAAUAUGUGGAGAAAUACCCUCAGUAUGAUAAUGUACAACCACCAAAUAGCAUGAAACCAAGGCAUGAGUACCAAGGAAACCGUGGAAAAAUGGAAGGAGUAACAACAUUUAAAUCAGAUUAUAUCCCAUAUGAUGUAACAAACCGCCCCGUACGUCCUCAUCAAGAAUAUGAACCAAAGCCAGGACAUAUUGAACUUGGGACAACCUAUAACCGAGAUUUUAAUGCUCAUAAAAUAGAACCAGUGGGACCUGCACGUCCGGUAGAAAACAGAAAAAUUUACGUGGGAAAGUUUGACACAAACCCUACUUAUAAAGAUGACUACAGAGCAUGGGAUAUCAGUAAAAGAGAACUUGCUAAACAGGAACAUACUUACCAACCUCCUACUGUUAAAUUUGGAAAUUCAACUACAUUCCAAGAUGACUUUUUUCUAAAGGAAAUAAUGCCAAGAGAAAGUUUUAAGCCUGGUGUAGCAAAACGCAAUAGCAUGCCUUUUGAUGGUACCACAAACCAUCGUACUUCUUUUGUUCCUCAUGAAAUUGAGCCAAGGCAUCAAAGACCGAAACAAGAAUAUAAACCCAGUAGUCAACCAUUUGAUGAUCUUACCACUCAUCGCAUCAAUUUCAAGGGCACACUUGGAGAAGUAACAAAAAGCUGCAGACCUGAUUAUAGUAAAGUUGGUAGCAAUGCUCGAUUUCAAGGCAGCACUGAAUUCCGUGAUAGUUUUCAGCCUUGGUCAGUAGCUCCAACUCAAGUUCAGAAAUCUUAUGAAUAUGUUCCACCUACUACGCACAUGGAGGUGGACACUACAUCUCAUCUGGCUUAUGUGCCACACCACCUCAGCUAUGUAGCCCCAAUGCGCCCAGUCUCCCAUGGAAGAAGGAGCAACGUUCCCUUUAAGGGAAGUUCUACAAUGAAAGAAGAUUUUCAACCUUGGGAAAGUAAGCGUCAAGAGAUGAUCAAGCGGGAUCAUGAAAUUCCAAAGGCUGUAGGAAAAUUUGAUGACCUGACAACUUUUAAAUCGCAUUACCUACCCCAUGAGUUACAUCCUACUCAGAGUUUCAAGCCUACAAAUGCAGCUCUGCACAGUUCUGCUCCAUUCCAAAGUGGCACCAUGUAUCGUUCUGAUUAUACAUCCAAGAAAAAUGAAGUCUGCCCUGCAAAUUACAAAUCUCCCCCAGGUUAUGCCUUUGAAAGCAUUGAUGGCCGAGGCCACAAGAUGUUCAGAAAAAUCCUUACUCCUGAAGUGAAUUCAUUUUUGCACAGAAAUGAAGACAACCUUGCUAGAGCUAUUGCAGUUAUCUCUUAAUUCAGAACAAAACUUAGCUUUUAAUUUACUAAAAAAUUCUUUAUGAUCUUACUUGGUAUUUGUGUGUUUUCUUAAAAAAUCCAACCUAAUGGUAAAAUUAACAAUAAUAUAUAAUUUUUUUACUGCAUGUUUGAAGUAAACACAGACUUGCUGAGCGAAUCAUUAACAUAGACCAAUUAUAUAAUUUUGCUAGAGGUCACCAAAAGAAUAAAAUUGUAAAUUAUAGGUGAGCGUAGAGUGACUACAGAUACUGAAAGGAUUAGUUCACUUUAAAAAAAAAAUGAAGAAGGUGAACUAACACCAUGCACCCUCCCCAUUCGUGCAGCUACCUCUCUACUUACCCCUGUGGGUGAUGAGUUUUCCAUGCCCGUGCAGCUGGUGCAGUGGUCCAGGAGAUGUGAAAUCCCUACUCUACUAGCUCUUCUUUCUGCAGGGCUUCUGGGACUAUUUAGUGAUGCUGAUCGGUCAGUGCCGACACAAAGCAUCACUAAUCUGUCCCAGAAAAUCUGCAGAAAGAAGAGGGAGAAGAUUAGGAAUUUCAAAUCUUCAGGCCUCUGCAAUGGCUGUGUGGCCACUGGCAACUCAUCAUCCAUGGAGGUAACUACAGUGGGGAACGAGAAAAGAGGGGGUGAAUGGUGUUAAUGAGAAAUUCUCAUUUGAAUAACAUGCAUACUGUGUGCCAAAUGUCAAUUUAAAGGACCUAUGACGCCAGGCUUUCUGCUUCUGUCGAGGGCAAUAGUUUGAGACACUUCUGAGCAAUGCUGUAUUCUGGCCUUGGCCAAUAAGUCCCAAGCCUAAGGCAGCCCUUUGCAGGUGGGCAGCACGGAAAGAGUUCCCGCCGGCUUGACUACUUCUAGCCGUGAAGAAAACAAAACUAGGGCACCGCAUUGCUUUGUGGGUGAAAAAUUGAGCACUGAACCGAAUGCUAUUUUACUUUAUUCCUUUGCUGAUCUCCAUUAAAAAAAACAAAA